AGGAGAGCGAAGAACCGUGCCCGAGUCUGGCUCCGAAGCACACGCUGACCAAGGCUACGCCACGGACUAUCGAAAGCCGCACCCUCCUCCAUUCCUGGCCACGCAUCCGGGGCCAAGCCAAGGCGCAACGAAGUCAACACAUCCCAGCUGGGUCGCACCGGCAAGGCUUCCAAUUCGAUGACCCUGGCUUCUCGGGAGGAGUUAUUGAAGAACUUCCACGUCCUCCAGCCGUCCAUCGGUCGUCUUGUAGCCUCUUGGACGCCUGCUGGAAAUGUGUUGGGGGCCUUUGGCGUUCGUUUUUGGAGCCGACUUGGGAGCAGCGGGGGUCAUCUUGGAGACCUUGGUCCCGCCACCACGAUGCCCCAAAGACGCCCCCGAGAGGCUCCCAAGAGAUCCCCGAGAGGCUCGGCGCCGGCGCCGCUGCCGCUGUGCACGCCGCGUGGCGUCGCACCUGCUUCUGUCCGGUGGGUCGGCUGCCUUUGCCGCUGGGAGGUGGCUCGUGGUGGCCACCUUCGCCCAGUCGCGCACGUGCAUGUGCUCCCACUCGUCGUCAAACUCGCUCGGGGAAUCCUAGAGAUCGGCCCACGCCACUCUCAAGGGGACCCUCCGGCCGCCGUCGCCGUCCUCGACAACGACCUCGUGGGACUCCUCGGCCUCGGCCUCGGAGUCGUCAGCCUCCGUUGGGGUUGCGAAGGCGUCGUCGCCGAGCUCGAAAAGGGCUCUCGCUUCGGCCAGUGCGGCCGCGACGUCGUCCUGCUCCUCCGGGUUCAGCUCAGCAGUCUCGCUGGCGGUGUCGUCAGCGUCAAGACCAAGAAGUGCCCUCGCUUCGGCCAGCGCGGCCUCGUCAGCCUCGUCGGACACGGCGUAGUCGGACUGCUCCUCUGAGUCCUGCUCCUAGGCCUCGCUGGCGGAGUCGUCAGCGUCAAGCCCGAGAAGAACCCUCGCGUUGAGUAAGGCCUCGGCCUCGAUGUCGAAGAAGGUGUCCGGAUCGUCCACCAUCAGCUCGAGAAUCUGGAGGAGGGACAAACGGCUUCACCAGUCCCUCGAAACCCUUGAUGUUAAUCAGGUCGACCAGCUCGGCACGAGAAAAAGUGGUGGGCUGAUUGCGCAUCAUUAGUGGUCCGCUGGUCGGCGCUCGAGCCCAUUUGAUCAUACACAACUCCCGGGACAAAGGCGGCCGCCUUCACGUUGAAGGACGUGCGCAGACUGCCCGACUCCUGGGCAAUGAGCGCUACAUCCAGCUUCAAAAUCUGCAGCUGCAUGGGACACAUCGCUCCGCUGGAAGGCUUCGCAACGUCCCCAGCACCCUCGCCGUCCCGCAUUCCCUUUCUGACAGCAAUGCUGGAAGAGAAGCACUGCGAGUCGAUCAAAUCGCCUUGCGUGGGUACAUCACCAGGUGCGCAUACCCUUGUCAUAAAGGAUGCGUCUCGAGACAUCGAGGCGUUCGAAGAAGCUCAAACAACGUUGUUCGGAAUCGGCUGACAGGAGGUAUCAAGGCGUGUGUUAUGCUACCGAUGAAGAAUCUGCAUCCAAAUGCAUACGAAUUGGACAUCGGACCCAACUGGCUUGAGCU